AUGACGUUGAAAGAAUCCCGGUCUCAGACCGGAAAAGAGAGAUUGUCAACCCCUAAACGGCUGUGGAAAUAUCUCGAUCUAGACUCGCAUAGCGUACUCAUGAUGCUGAAGGGAGCAUUGGCGCCGACUAUUACCAUUGCAAUAUACCAGAGUACCGCAAUUUCAAAUAUCACCACAACUAUCGGUUACCUCUCGGCCUUGAUCUCUGUCCUCUCACAGGGCCUUAUGCCGCGCGCAAAGUUCAUGAAGAUCAUGUUCUUCGAUCUACUGUCCACAUGCGUCUCCGCAUCAAUCUGCUGUCUCGCUGUAUUCUGCGCCGUCAAGGCACGCGAGCAUAAUACGCCCCCCGAUGCAAGCGAAGCGGUUCGAAAUGGUUUUAGCAGCGAUGCCUGCGCUGUCUCUGCGAUCUGGCUAAUUUUCAUGAUCUGGGCGGCAAAUUCUUUACGCGCGCUCAAACCAAUGGAGCUGCAGGAUCCAAUGGUUGCGUUUUCGAUCUUCGCCUCCGUGACUGUCACUCGCGCUGGCAUGUUUACGUCCCUCUCUGAAGGAUUGGAGUUUAUCUCUCAGCUUCUGAAGGGUUUCAUGAUCGGCUUUGCUAUCGCGGCUGGGGUGUCACUGUUGAUACUUCCCAUCACUAGCCGCGGUAAUGUCUUCCAAGACAUGAAGCGGUAUGUCGCGGCUGUGGAGGGGGUUCUUGAUGCGCAGAUCGCCUUCGACGAGGGUGGUGCUACGGGCGGGAUCUUCGGAAGGGGGUUUCUGCGUCGGGCACGGACCGCGAUGGGUCGUGAUGGGGAGGAGGUUGAAAGUGAGAGUGACACAGAUCUGCAGGACAGGAUUAAGGAUCUGCAGGGGUCAAUGGCUAAACUCAAUGGGAUGCAUACUACGCUGCAUGCUGAUCUGUUCUAUUCGAAAGAUGAGAUCGCAUGGGGAAAGCUGUCAGCGGACGAUCUGAGUAGUAUUGCCUCGUUGUUCCGGAGUCUCUUGCUUCCACUGGCUGGAAUGUCGAUGGUGCCGGAGAUCCUGGAGUCGAUUGUUAAGAAUGAAGGUCUCGGCACGGCUGAGGGUGACGAUCUAGGAGAGCUGGAGUCAGAUUCGAGACAGGGGGAUGUUCAGCGGGUUGUGGAGACGCAUCAUGCGCGGCUUGUUGAGGCGGCUGAUUUGGUUCGUUGUGGAUUGGCGCAUUUUCUGUUUGCCUUGGAGCUUAUUUCAGCUAAGCAUUUGGAUCGCUUGAAAAAGACACACCUUGCCAGGUACCACCAUGACGAGGAAGCAAGGGGGGAAAGCUUGAAUCCCGGCGAUCAGGACUUUACGUCAAUGUUUGAGAAUCAGUUGCACGCUUAUUACGCGCGAAGGAAGGACCUUCCCGAGGCACUUAUGAGUCUUGAGGCAUUUUCUGAGAAACAUGAUCGUGAUGUUGAUGGAGGGGCCCGUGGACAUGGCGUGGCUGCAGAUCCGCCUGUCUGCCAGGAGUUCUUUCUCACUCUCUAUAUGGCUCAUCUCCAGGACGAUCUCUUGACGGCAACCAUGAAACUGGUUAAUUUUGCUGACAGCAAGAUUGCCGAUGGCACAAUGGCCCGGUCGAGAUUGAUAUUCCCCAGGCAAAAGUCUAUUCGCGACUGGUUGUCCUUGAGCCACGGCAAAGAUAAGCGACAAACAAGAUUUCCCGAUCCGGAACAUCUCCCGCCUGCAAAUAUGUGGGAGAAGGGUAGUACAAUCUUGCGUGUGAUUUCCCAUGCGCUGAAAUCUGACCAGAGCACCUUUGGCUUCCGCGUAGCCGCCGCCUCGUUCUCGGUCGGCAUUCUCGCGUAUCUGCAUCAGACGCAAGACUUUUUCAUUCGUCAGCGAUGUAUUUGGGCGAUGAUUGUCAUUGUCAUUGGUAUGAACCCGACAAGUGGACAGACCAUGUUUGGAUUCGUAGCGCGCAUUGUCGCAACGGUCAUUUCGCUCGUAUUAAGCCUGAUCGUAUGGUAUAUUGUUGAUGGGAAAACGGCAGGAGUGAUCGUUUUCCUCUACUUGGCAAAUGUGUUCGAGUAUUACUUCUACGUCAAAGUACCGCAGUACUUUGGCCCGUCGGUUAUUUCAAUUGUCACCUUGAAUGUCAUCAUUGGCUAUGAGCUACAAGUCCGCAAACUCGGUAUACAAGCUGCAGAGUCCAACGGUCAGCCAUACUAUCCCAUCUAUCUUUUUGGACCAUACAAGCUGGCAGCUGUGGCCGCUGGAUGUGCAAUUUCCUUUUUCUGGGUUGUAUUCCCAUAUCCCAUCACAGCUAAGUCUCAGCUCCGUCAUCUCCUCGGCCGAAGCAUGUUCGUCUUGGCCAGAUUCUACAGCUGCAUGCACACAACUAUCGAACUUUGGUUUGGUGGUGGACUAGGCAGCGCGGACGAUGAAAGUUCCCCAGGUUAUCAACUUCAAGCAUCCCGACACAGAAUAUUUAAAGAGGAGAUGAUGCUACUCAACAGCCUUCGAAUGCACAGUCAUUUCAGUACAUUCGAGCCCCCAAUCGGAGGGAAAUUCCCGAAGAAAGUCUACGACGAUAUAAUUUCCGAGAUCCAGCGCAUCUUGACCAGUAUGUCCUUGAUGGCACACACGACACAAUGCUUGGACGUACUUUCUAUCGAAUCCGAACAUGCUGGUCAUAAAAGCGAUGGUCAAUGGAUGGCACGGUUGGCAGAAAUUGCUCUAAAAUCGGCGGAUUUCAAUUCCCAUCGCAUCACUUCCUUACUUUGCCUUCUCUCUGCUGCUAUCACUAAUUCCCAGCCCUUACCACCGUAUCUUUCGACGCCGGACUCAUUCCCUCUUGCGCGGCAAAUGCAGAAUAUUGACGAUGAGCUGUUGAGUAUUCGACAUAUCGGAGAUCCCUCGUUCUCGGCAUUCGUUGCCCUGGAGGUAUUGAGGUCUGUUGUGAGUUUCAGUUUGCAGGAGUUAAUCGAUAAUGUGCGAAAACUGGUCGGGGAGUUGGAUUUUGAUUUUCAUAUCCCUCAGAUUCACCGCGACGCGGAAUGA